AUGUGCACCACUUUUAGUGAAGCAGAGGAAACUUAUAGAGAUAUCAUAGAACAAACAAAAGAAAAUAUUUAUAAGGAAAGAAUUGACAAAUAUUAUUUUCUAAUUAAACACAAUGACAUAAAUUCCAAUUUGUAUUCCGUAGGAAAAAUUAACUUUAGAAAUGAAUUAAUGCUAGAAUUAAAUGAUAAUUUAAAGGAAAAUGAACUGUUUGACUUAUGCUUUAAUAAUCCUGAGAUACAAAAAAAAAAAGAAAAAAAAAAAAAAAAGGAAGAUGAUUUAAUAAAUAGGUUGGAAUCAACACCAGGUGACAUAAUAUCCGAUGAUAAAAUUAUAGAAAAAAUCACAACUUUACUAAAACUUGAAAAUAAUACUAUUAACAAUAAUAGUAGCAAUCCUACAAAUGAAGACAAUGAAAGUUUAAAACCGAAUAUAUUUUUAAAGAAAGGUAAUUUACACUUAUUAGAAAAUUCAUAUUUAUUCUACGACGAUAUUUUUUCAAAUCUCUAUUACAUAACAGAUAUACAUUUCGAUUUUCAAAUAUCAUAUCAACAAAAUGGUCUAUCAAUAUUGGGAAUAAGUAAAUAUAGUAAUGUUUUUUUAAACAUAUUAAAUGAUUUUAAGAACAGCAAUUGCAAUGAUUUUAAACAAUUUAUUCAAGAUAAUAUCAAAAUUCAAUAUGAUCAAAGAUUACUAAAUGCUGAUACAUCAGGAAAAAGGAAAAGGAAUACAAUUUGUAUUUGUGAUGGCAUGAAUAUAUUAAAAAUAUUUUAUGCAAAUAAUGUCUAUUCAAUCAAAAGUAAAAUAAGCGGGCAUCAAGUUGAUAUUAAUGAAAACUUAAUAGAAACCCCCCACCUUUUACUUACCAAUCCAUCUAACGCUUGGAUAGUUAUUGUAAAAAAAAAAAAUAUAUCCACAGAUAAUUGCUUGAAUACUGCUCAAUAUGAAAAAGAAAGAGAAUCAAACAUUAAGCAAUACAAUUGUAUGUUAAGCUUCUUUCAAAAAGAGGCAUGUUAA